GUGAAGGCAGCGCCGUCGGAGCUCACAUGCCUCGUUCACAUUGCGUGUUAUUGCUGCUGCUACUUUUUUCACAACAUGGGAAACUGAAGUGACAGCGUGUGCACGCUUCAUGGUGUUAAUGAGUGGCAUUAGAACAAAAUUGAAGUCGCAUUAGCGGUGUUGUUUAGGGGAAGCUGUCAAAAUGGUGAAGGAGCAGUUUAGAGAGACGGAUGUGGCUAAAAAAAUAAGCCACAUCUGCUUUGGGAUGAAGUCUGCAGAGCAGAUGCGUCAGCAGGCCCACAUCCAGGUGGUCAGUAAAAACCUGUACAGCCAGGACACCAAGCACACGCCACUGCCCUACGGAGUGUUGGACCACCGUAUGGGCACCAGUGAAAAAGACAGACCAUGUUUAACAUGUGGGAAGAAUCUGGCGGACUGUUUAGGACAUUAUGGCUAUCUGGAUCUGGAGCUUCCAUGUUUUCAUGUUGGUUAUUUUAAAGCCAUCAUAGGCAUCCUACAGAUGAUUUGCAAGACAUGUUCAAGCAUUUUGCUGACAAAGGAGGAGAAACUGCAGUUCAGAGAUGUCCUGAAGAGGCCGAACCUGCCUUAUCUCCAGAAACGAGGGCUGAAGAAGAAGAUCUCUGAAAAAUGCCGCAAAAGGACAGUUUGUCUGAAUUGUUCGGCUUUCAACGGGCCAGUGAAAAAGUGUGGCCUGCUUAAAAUCAUCCAUGAGAAGUAUAAAACAACCAAGAAGGUGGUAGAUGUGUUUGUGUCAGAUUUCCUGCAGUCCUUUGACCUUGCAAUUGAGCACAACAAAGUGAUCGAGCCUCUUCUGAACAGGGCACAGGAGAACCUGAACCCAUUGGUGGUGCUAAACCUAUUUAAGAGGAUCCCUCAGGAAGACGUCCUGCUGCUGCUGAUGAACCCCGAGGCAGGGAAACCCGCAGACCUCAUCCUCACCCGUCUUCUGGUUCCUCCACUCUGCAUACGGCCCUCUGUGGUGAGCGACCUGAAGUCGGGCACAAACGAGGAUGACCUCACAAUGAAGCUUACGGAAAUCAUCUUCCUCAAUGAUGUCAUCAAAAAGCAUCGCAUGACAGGUGCCAAAACACAGAUGAUCAUGGAGGACUGGGACUUCCUCCAACUACAGUGCGCUCUUUACAUUAACAGUGAACUGUCUGGUAUCCCACUGAACAUGGCACCUAAAAAAUGGACCAGAGGCUUUGUGCAAAGACUCAAGGGGAAGCAAGGUCGAUUCAGGGGAAACCUUUCCGGGAAAAGAGUGGACUUCUCCGGGAGAACUGUGAUUUCUCCAGACCCUAAUCUGAGGAUCGAUGAGGUGGCCGUCCCUGUGCACGUGGCCAAAAUCCUGACAUACCCAGAAAGGGUGAACAAAGCAAAUAUGGAACUAAUGAGGAAACUUGUUCGCAACGGCCCAGAAGUUCACCCCGGAGCUAACUUCAUCCAGAACCGUUACACACAGAUAAAAAGGUUUUUAAAAUAUGGAAAUCGUGAGAAAAUUGCUCAGGAGCUAAGAAUUGGUGACAUUGUAGAAAGGCACCUCAUCGAUGGAGACAUCGUCCUCUUCAAUCGGCAGCCGUCUCUGCACAAACUUAGCAUCAUGGCCCAUAUUGCCAGGGUCAAACCUCACAGGACCUUCCGCUUCAACGAGUGCGUGUGCACCCCGUACAAUGCUGACUUUGACGGCGACGAAAUGAACCUUCAUCUACCUCAAACGGAGGAGGCCAAAGCUGAAGCCCUGGUCCUGAUGGGGACAAAAGCUAAUCUCGUCACUCCGAGGAACGGUGAACCUCUGAUUGCUGCUAUUCAGGACUUUCUGACAGGAGCUUACCUUUUGACACUCAAGGACACCUUCUUUGACAGAUCCAAAGCCUGCCAGAUCGUUGCAUCGAUCCUCGUGGGCAAAGAUGACAGAAUCAGGAUCGCCCUCCCACGUCCGGCUAUUAUGAAGCCCAUGGCUCUGUGGACAGGAAAACAGAUCUUCAGUCUGAUUCUGAAGCCAAGUAAGGAAUGUCCAGUCAAGGCCAAUCUGCGAACCAAGGGCAAACAGUAUUGUGGCAAAGGAGAGGAUCUCUGUGCCAACGACUCGUUUGUUUCGAUCCACAACAGCGAGCUAAUGUGCGGCAGCAUGGAUAAGGGCACUUUGGGAUCUGGCUCCAAGAACAACAUCUUCUACAUCCUGUUGAGAGACUGGGGACAGCUGGAGGCGGCCAACGCCAUGUCCCGCCUGGCGAGACUCGCUCCAGUGUAUCUCUCCAACCGGGGCUUUUCCAUCGGCAUUGGUGAUGUGACACCGGGUCAGGGUCUGCUGAAGGCCAAACAGGACCUGCUGGACGACGGCUACGAGAAGUGUGAUGAAUACAUUGAAGCUCUGCAAACGGGAAAGCUGCAGCAGCAGCCGGGCUGCACGGCAGAGGAAACCCUGGAGGCGCUCAUCUUGAGAGAGUUGUCCGUGAUCAGAGACCGAGCAGGCAGCGCUUGCCUCAGGGAGCUCGACAAGAGCAACAGCCCUCUGAUCAUGGCUCUUUGUGGUUCUAAAGGAUCCUUCAUUAAUAUCUCUCAGAUGAUCGCCUGCGUGGGCCAGCAGGCCAUAAGUGGUUCUCGAGUACCCGAUGGUUUUGAGAAUCGCUCCUUGCCUCACUUUGAAAAGCACUCAAAACUGCCUGCUGCUAAAGGUUUUGUGGCCAACAGCUUCUAUUCUGGCCUGACGCCCACGGAGUUCUUCUUUCACACCAUGGCUGGCAGGGAGGGUCUGGUGGACACCGCUGUGAAAACUGCAGAGACUGGAUACAUGCAGAGGCGACUGGUGAAGUCUCUGGAGGACUUGUGCUCGCAGUAUGAUCUGACAGUACGCAGUUCCACCAGCGACAUCAUCCAGUUCAUUUAUGGUGGCGAUGGUCUGGAUCCUGCUGCGAUGGAGGGAAAGGACGAGCCACUGGAGUUCAAGAGAGUCCUGGACAGCAUCAGGGCUGUUUACGCGUGUUCAAACGAGCCGGCGCUCAGUCAGAAUGAACUGGUGCUCGCUGCAGACGCAGUCAUGAAGAGAGCGGACUUCCUUUGCUGCAGAGACAGCUUCUUGGAGGAGUUAACUGACACAGGCACAGAGAAGUACCUGGAGGAGAUAAAGAAAUUCAUUAAAAGCACUUCGGAAAGGAUCAAGAAGACCAGAGACAAGUAUGGCAUCAAUGACAAUGGAACCACUGAGCCUAAAGUCCUCUAUCAGCUGGAUCGCAUCACUCCCACACAGCUGGAGAAGUUCCUUGAAACCUGCAGAGACAAGUACAUGAGAGCUCAGAUGGAGCCAGGCUCGGCAGUGGGAGCUCUGUGUGCCCAGAGCAUCGGAGAGCCCGGUACUCAGAUGACCCUGAAAACCUUCCACUUCGCUGGUGUGGCAUCCAUGAAUAUCACUCUGGGCGUGCCUCGUAUUAAAGAGAUCAUUAACGCCUCCAAAAACAUCAGCACCCCUAUAAUCACUGCUCAUUUGGAUGUGGAAGACGACGCCGACUUUGCCAGGCUGGUGAAGGGCAGGAUCGAGAAAACACUUCUGGGAGAGAUUUCUGAGUACAUUGAAGAGGUUUUUCUACCCGAUGACUGUUUUAUCCUGGUCAAAUUGUCGCUGGAGAGGAUCAGGCUUCUGCGACUGGAGGUAAAUGCGGAGACGGUGCGUUACUGCAUCUGCAUGUCAAAGCUGCGAGUGAAACCUGGGGACAUCGCGGUGCACGGCGAGGCGGUGGUGUGCGUGUCCCCACGAGAGAACAACAAAAGCUCCAUGUACUAUGUCCUGCAAUCAUUAAAGGAAGAGCUUCCUAAGGUGGUGGUACAAGGAAUACCUGAGGUCGCUCGUGCUGUCAUCCACAUCGACGAACAGAGCGGCAAGAACAAGUACAAACUCCUGGUGGAGGGAGACAAUUUAAGAGCUGUCAUGGCAACGCAUGGCGUGAAUGGAAGCCGGACCACGUCGAACAAUACAUACGAGGUUGAGAAGACCUUGGGUAUUGAGGCUGCUAGAUCCACCAUCAUCAAUGAGAUUCAGUACACUAUGGUGAACCACGGCAUGAGCAUUGACCGGCGCCACGUUAUGCUCCUCGCUGACCUGAUGUCCUAUAAGGGUGAGAUCCUGGGGAUCACCAGGUUUGGUUUAGCCAAAAUGAAGGAGAGCGUCCUCAUGUUGGCUUCCUUUGAGAAAACAGCUGAUCAUCUCUUCGACGCUGCCUACUUUGGACAGAAGGACUCCGUCUGCGGUGUGUCUGAGUGCAUUAUUAUGGGGAUUCCAAUGAAUAUUGGAACAGGACUGUUUAAACUCCUGCACAAGGCUGACAAAGAUCCAUUUCCAGUCCAAAGACCUCUCUUUUUCGACAACCCAGACUUCCAUACAUCUCUGGUCACGUAGCGCCCAGGAAAGAAGAAUAGUGAUGUUUUGAAGUUGCCCGGAGCCUUUUGUGUACACAUACAGAUCAUUUCAUCUUUGGACGAUCUAAUAGAAAAUGGGAUUGUCUUGUUUUUUUGGCUUUGAUGGAACAACUGCCAGGUGCAUUUUAUUUCCCAAAGCACGUUUGCUCACGUGUAGAAGAUAAUGGAGUUGGUUGUUUUUUUUUUGGUUUCAAUCUGUGAUAGGAAUAAUUUACAGUUUUUCUUGGGCCUUUUUUGUGAAACCAGAUUUCCUUUGUUAUUAAGAUAUUGUAUAGCCUCAUGUUCCUUCAAUUCAGCAUAAUGACACGGAACACUGAAUUCAGAUUAACCCAGUUACAGUGAACAACAGAAAAUAUGGUCUCAUUUUGCAUUCAGUUCGAAAGUCCUUGUUAUUUAGCUUUGCAAUUUAAUCCUGUUUGAAGCCCCUCAAUGUAUUAAUGUAUAUAAUGCAAUAAAUGAAUAAGAAAA